AUGCCAAAAGCAAUAACAAUGCAGAAGAUCGAGGGUGGGAAACCGGGCAAAGUUUACUAUCCACUCGAGAUCACCGAACACACUACUCCACCCCUGACCCCAACCUCUCUCCUCAUCCAAAUCCACAGCACAGCCCUCAAUCACCGCGACCUCUUCCUACGCCAACAUCUCUACCCCGCCCCCUCAUUCACUACCCCUAUGCUAGCCGAUGCCUGCGGAGUCGUAUCGAAAAUUGGCCCCGGAGCAGAUAAAAACUGGCUCGGAAAACGCGUCAUCCUCACCCCCGGACGAGGCUGGAAAGAUGAUCCCUUCGGACCCGAAGAAGAAGGCGGAUAUAAAAUUCUAGGCGGCACGAGCACCAUUCCUAUUGGAGCAUUAAUCGAAGAGGUUGUGAUUGAACAAGAUGAAGUGGAGGAAGCCCCGCGCCAUUUGUCGGAUGCGGAGGCGGCAGCAUUGCCGCUAACAGGGUUGACGGGUUGGAGAGCUUUGGUUACGAAAGGGGGAGAGGGGAAUUAUGGGGCGGGGAGGAAUGUUUUGGUCACGGGCAUUGGAGGGGGGGUGGCGUUGAAUGUUUUGCAGUUUGCGGUGGGGUUGGGGAGUAAUGUUUUUGUGACGAGUGGGGAUCAGGGGAAGAUUGAGAGGGCAAGGGGGUUGGGGGCGAAGGGGGGUGUUAGUUAUAAGAGUGAGGGGUGGGAGAAGGAGUUGAAGGGUUUAUUGAAGGGGUAUGGGAAAGGGACAUUGGAUUUAAUUAUUGAUGGGGCAGGGGGUGAUAUUGUUAGGAAGGCAACUAAAUUGUUGAAGCUAGGCGGCACCAUAGUCCAAUACGGCAUGACCAUCUCCCCGAAAAUGGACUGGUCCAUGCCAGCCAACAUCAUGAAUCUCGAACUCAAAGGCUCAACCAUGGGUUCACGAAGAGAAUUCAGCGAUAUGAUUUCGUUCGUCAACAAACAUAAGAUUAAACCCGUCGUAUCGAGAGUUGUAAAGGGAAUUGAGAAUCUCAAGGAAAUCGAUGAAUUAUUCGAGGAGAUGAAAAAUGGAAGCCAGUUUGGAAAAUUGGUGGUGGAGGUUAAGAGUGGGAGUGAGAGUGGGAGUGGGGGAAAGAGUGAGAAGGGUGAGAGUAAGUUGUGA